AUGAGUCAGGUCACGGUCGAGCAGCGCAAGAAGCUGAUCGGGGCACUCUCCCGGGAGGAGCUGGAAGCGCUGAAGGACCUCAAGGAGUCGAACGCUUUGACCGAGGACGACCUGUUGGCGCACCCGGAGCGCAUCCAGGAGCUCGCGAUGUUCAUGUUCAACUUCCCGAAGAUCUACUGCAUGCAGCUCUUCCCCUUCCUGCGCCACCUCCAGCUCAUGCAGCAGGGUCUGAAGGUCAUCGAGGGCCUCGAGAGCCUCAAGCAGCUCGAGGCGCUCUGGCUGAACGACAACUGCCUGGAGAAGAUUGAGGGGCUGGAGCACUGCACCAUGUUGCAGCGGCUGUAUUUGUGGAACAACAAGAUCCGCAGGAUCCAGGGCCUGGCGCACCUCCACAAGCUCGAGGUCCUCUGGCUCGCCGGGAACGACAUCCUCGUCGUCGAGGGCCUCGAGAACUGCACUGCGCUGCGGGAACUGCACCUGGCUGGCAACCCGAUCGAACAGCUCGGGGGGAGUCUCCUGCACUGCACGAACAUCGAGUCGCUCAAUCUCGCGCGCACGCAGAUCGGAUCGUUCCGCGAGGUCGCGGGCCUCGCGCGGCUCCCGCACCUGCGGGACCUCUGCUUUUCCGACCCGCACUGGGGCGACUCGCCCGUGGCGCUGCUCUCGAACUACCAGACGUACUGCCUCUUUUGUCUCCCGUACGUCACCGCGCUCGACACGCAGGCCGUGUCCGAGCAGACCCGCCAGGUCGCCGAGGCCACCUUCCUCAAGAAGCGCAUGUACUACAACAUGCGCCUCAAGACGCUCCGGCGCAACCUCGGCCGCCUCAUGGCCGCCGCCCGCGACGGCAUCCUCUCCGCCACCUCCUCCGUCCGCAAGUCGAUGAAGUCCAUCGAGGAGGCAAUCGCGGCCAUCACGCGCGCGCACAUAGAGCUGGAAGAGGGCGUCGGGGCCGCGGCGACGCCCGCGGCGGUCGCGAGCGGGCCGCCGCGGCCCACGGCCGGCGAGCUCGACGCCCGGCGGCGCGCGCUCGAGGCCGCCCUGGACGCCAAGCGCGCGCUGCUCGCGGGCGAGGAGGCACGCCUGGAGGCGGCGCAGGCGCAGGCGUGGGCGGUGCACACGGAGAUGUCGCGGCGGAUUCUGCUCGAGCUCGAGAGCGGCGGGAACGUGCGGCUCGAGGAGGGGCAGCCGAGCGACCUAUGGCACACGUCGUGCGUGGAUCUCGUGGCGUCGCGCUUCCACGCGGGCGCGUACGCGCCGCUGGCGCUCGGGAUCGAGGGCGUGCGCGUGAUGCGCGUCGUCCGCGUGCACAACCGCCACCUCCGCCACCGGUUCGACCGCCUCAUGGAGCAGGCGGGCGCCGCGGCCGGCGCGGGUGGCGACGGCGGCGGCGCCGCGGCCGCGGGCCGCCAGGCCGUCGAGUACCUCUUCCUCGGGGAGGACCUGCACCUCCCCGGGGGGUCCCUGAGCCAGGUGGCGGAGGAGGGCCUCCCGCACCCGUCGGAGUGGGCGGCGCGGGGGAUCGACCGCGAGCCGUCGUUCCGGCUCUCCAACUCCGUGGGGCUGUGCGACGGCCCGCGCGUGUCGAUGGCGCGCAGCCGCGCGCAGAGCGACCCGCAGGCGGUCCUGCGCGGGCAGCUGCUCGUCGUCAAGGCGUGCGUUGGCCGCGCGACGCACGACGACGCGGAGCCGCUGGACGCGCUCUUCAGCAAGCGGCCGUCGGGGCGGUCGACGAAGCAGGCGUUCCCGGGGAGCGACAGCGUGUCGCGCGCGGUGGCGGGGGACCCGAAGCAGAAGUCGUGGUGGCUGUUCAACCACGCCGCACUCCUCCCCGAAUAUCUCGUGGACUUUGAGUAUGUCUCGACGGCGCUGACGAGCCCGAGCGUGGCGCUGUCGGCGCAGGACAGGGAGUGCUUGGCGCGCCUCGGGCCGGACCUGGUCCCGAUGGCGCACGUGAUGCUCGACUUGCUGCCGACGGCGCUGUUGCCGCACCGCGCGGCGCGCAAGGUGCACGACCCUGACGCGGCGAACCCCGCGGUGGCGGUCGGGGCCGGGCCGGGCGUCGGGCCGUUCCCGGCGGUGAUGCGCGUGACGGACGCGGCGCUGGAGAAGGCGCUGGACUGCCCGGAGCGGCGGCUGGCGACGCUGACGGCGCUGUCGCUGGCGGGGUCGCACGUGGCGCGCGUGGCGUCGCUGACGUGCUUCCGCGCGCUCAAGGUGCUGCGGCUGCCGUUCAACGGCCUCACGCGCAUCGAGGGCCUCGAGAAGCUCGUCGAACUGCAAACCCUCGACUUGUGCCACAAUAAGAUUUCGAGAAUUGAAGGCCUCAAGGGCCUCGAGAACCUGCGCGAGCUCCUCCUCGCGCACAACCAGAUCACCGCCCUGGACGACCUCAACCUCCUCCGGAAAUACACCCCCCGCCUGACCGUGCUCGACAUGCGCGGCAACCCCAUCUACGGCGCCAAGUCGUACGCCGCGCUCGUCCUGCGGCGCCUCCCGCUGCUCAAGACGCACGACGGGCACGCCGUCACGCGCGCCGCCGCGGACGCCGCGUCGGAGAAGCUCGUCAGCCUGACUCCGCAAAUGAUCAAGGCCAGCAGUUAUACCUCGCGCCGGUCGGUCUGGGCCGCGGGGGCCGCGGGCGGGCCCGGGAGCGUGGCGGACCGCGAGGACGACGGGUGGUGGGAGGAGGUCGAGGAGAUCGUCGUCGACGCUGCGCACGUGCGGCGUCUGCAGAACCUCGGGCGACUGAGCGGAGUGCUGCGCGCGAGCUUCCGCGACAACGAGAUCGCCCGCAUCGAGGGCCUCGAGGGCUGCACGAGCCUCCAGGAGCUGUCCCUCGAGGACAACUGCAUCUCGGACGCGGCGGGCCUCGCGGGCCUGACUCAGCUGCGGAAGCUCGACCUUGGCCAGAACAUGGUCGCGUCGCUCGCGGGGCUGACGACGCUCACGAACCUCACGCAGCUCAGCGUCGAGGAGAACCGCAUCACGUCGCUCGCGGGCCUGUCCUCGCUCGUGUCGCUGAUGGAGUUGUACGCGGCCAACAACCGCCUGGAACACCCCCGGGAGGCGUUGCACGCAAAGGACCUCCCGCACCUGAUCAUUCUGGACCUGGUCGGGAACCCGCUCACGCGCGCGCCGAGCUACCGGCACUACGUGAUCUUCCAGGCGCGGCGGCUCAAGGUCCUGGACGGCGCGCCCGUGGAGGCCCAGGAGCAGGCGGCGGCCAAGUCGCGGUUCGCGGGGCGCCUGACGCGGGACUUCCUGCGCGAGCGGCUCGGGCACGGCCACUUCGACCGGAUCCGCGAGCUGGACAUCUCGGGGCUGAAGAUCAGGGACACGGGCGCUGUGUUUCGGGGCGAGAGUUUUCAAGGACUCACGUCGCUGACCAUGGCCGCCAACCUCCUCACGUCCGUCGCGCCCUUCAGCGGCCUGCGCGGCCUCCGGCACCUCCGCCUGCCUGACAACAGGCUCGCGGAGGCCUCCUUCUCAGAACCCCCCGCGCCGCUCGACCCCGAGCUCCCCGACGUGGACCCCGACGACAUGCCCUCCAGCUUCACCGAGUCGGAGCGCAUCAUGUUUCCGUCGCUAGAGCUGCUCGAUCUCGGCUCGAACAGCAUCGCGGCGCUCCCGCCGCUCGACCUCGGCCAGCUGCGCACCCUGCGCGUGCUCCACCUCUCCAACAACGGCAUUGCCAGAAUCGAGGGCCUGACCACGCUCGUGCGCCUCGAGGAGCUCGUCCUGGACUACAACCGCAUCAAGCAGAUCGACCCGGGCGCGCUCAAGCUCCCGGCGCUGCGCGUGCUGUCCCUGGAGAGCAACAUGAUACGGUCGCUGCAGGCGGUGACCGACGCGCCGGCGCUGGUGGCGCUGAACCUCGGGCACAACCGCGUGCUCGAGGCCACGGAGCUCGAUCACCUGUGCGGCUUCACGUCGCUCCUCGAGCUGAAUCUGCUGUCCAAUCCGGUGGCGCGGCGUCCGAGCCACCGCGUCACGCUGCUGAUGAUCGCGCCGGCGCUGCGGAUCAUCGACCGGCGGCAGGUCGACCCGGAGGAGAAGGAGGCCGCGGAGGCGAUGCUCGUGCAGCAGGAGAUGCAGCAGCAGCAGAUGCUGGCGGCGCAGAUGGCGGCAGCGGAGGCCGGGGCGACGGGGACGGGGUCCGGGCGCACGAGCGCGGCGCUGGGGGCCGGGAGCGGCGCGUCGCGCAUUCAGCUGCGCGUGAACUCGCUCUCGCUGGACCCUGGCGGGCAGGGGGUGUAUUUCCAGCCCACGGGGGAGGCGGCGGUGGCGGCGCUGGCGGCGGCGACCUCGAACCGCGGCGCGGGACAGGGGCUGUCGGUGAUGGGCCUGGCCGCGGCGCCCCCGGCGGGGGACUCGGCGGGCCUGGGCGUGGACGGGCGGUCCUUCGGGAUCGGUUUGGAGGGCAUGCCAAAAGUGCGUAGCAACUCGGGGGCGGCGCUGGCGCGGGAGGGGUCGCGGGGCGGCCGGGCGCAGCGGUAG